GGUGCGGUGGCGGCGAUGUACUCGGCGCGGAGGCGCUGGGGCCGGCGGCAGCGAGUCCUGCUCUGGGGCGUCCUGCUGGCGGCCUGGGAGGCGGCGUGGGGGCAGCUGCGCUACUCGGUGCCCGAGGAGAUGCCCAAGGGCUCGUUCGUGGGCGACGUAGCCAAGGACCUGGGGCUGCAGAUACCACCGCUCAGCGACCGCGGCGUCCGUGUUAUCUCCGAAGGUAGGACGCAGUAUUUUGCUCUGCAUGGAAAGACGGGACAUUUAAUGACGGCCGAGAGGAUCGACAGAGAGCAGCUGUGCCGGCUGGUGGAGAAAUGCGUGCUGCGCUGUGAGCUGAUAGUGGAGGGAGAAAUGAAGGUUUAUGAAAUCCAAGUGGAAAUCACGGAUAUUAACGACAAUGCACCCAGCUUCCGAGAGGCAGAAAAAGAUCUGAGACUGAGCGAGACGGCAGCGAUCGGUGCACGGAUUCCACUUCCCAGGGCUCUUGAUCCGGACUUGAGACGUAAUUCCUUGCAGAACUACGAGCUGAGCGGCGACGAGCACUUCUCUCUGGCCGUGCAGACGGGCCCCGGCGGGGAUCAGCGUCCCGAGCUGGUGCUGGCGAAGGCGCUGGACCGGGAGGAGGCGGCGUUCCACGAGCUGGUGCUGAGGGCGAUGGACGGCGGCGAUCCAGCCCGGACGGGCACGGCGCGGAUCCGCGUGACGGUGCUGGACGCGAACGACAACGCGCCCGUGUUCAGCCAGGCGGAGUACACGGUGCGUGUGGCGGAGGACGUACCCGUGGGUUCUGUCCUCGUCACCGUCACGGCCACUGACCCCGACGAGGGACUGAAUGGGCAGGUGAAGUACUCAUUCCAAACGGUUUCCUUGAAAGCCUCUGAGAUAUUCCAUCUGGACUCUGAGACGGGAGCGAUCACGUUGCUGCAGAACUUAGACUUGGAGGAAGAUAACUCCUAUGAACUGGAGGUUCAGGCAAGAGACGGCGGGGACCUUUCUGACACAACAAAAGUCGCGAUCACCGUGACAGAUGUUAACGAUAACGUGCCUGAAAUUUCAGUGCGGUCUGCGCUGAGUGAGAUCUCUGAGGACGCCCCUUCGGAGACUGUUGUGGCCCUGCUGCACGUGCACGACAGAGACUCAGGGGCUAACGGAGAGGUGCGCUGCUCCCUUGACGGAGACGUCCCGUUCCGAUUGGAGAGCUCGCAGGGCAGCUACUACCGAGUGGUGACAGCGAGAGAGCUGGACCGGGAGCAGCAGUCGGAGUACAACGUGACGGUGCGGGCGUCCGACGGCGGGUGGCCGGCGCUGCAGAGCAGCAGGGUGCUGGCGCUGCGGGUGCUGGACGUGAACGACAACGCGCCGGUGUUCUCGCAGGAGCGCUACAUAAUGCAGAUCAGUGAGAACCAUGCCAGCUGUAAUGAGUUUGAGGAGGUUCCUGCAGGUGUUGUGCAUGAGGAGAUACUGAUGGAGAGGAAGCUUGUAGGGUUUUUUUAAUUCCCAGGGUCCAUUGCU